GCCCUCCAUAGUCUCCCCUUUGCCGCGUGUCGCCUCUCCGUCUUACCAGCUCACAGCAAUGCAACGUGUACCCGCUCACGUACACUCGCACUCACACAUCCUUGAAGAUAUGGAAAUGCCCUCGCGUCCAGCCUCUUCACCCGUCGCUGUCAGCCCACCGAGACUGUUGUCGCCUAUUACUCUCGUCGAGCCAAUCUAUCCUUCUUGCAAAUCCAAGUCCCCGCCUCCUUGUGUCUCCACUCCCAGGCGUCGAGGGAAAAAGCGCACCGUUCGCUCUUCUAGGCUCCGACACCACUCCCCCCGAUUGGAUUGCCCUUUCGACUCCUUCGGGGCGGCUAUCUUUGACAAAUGGGCUUCAGGCCUUGAUUCUCCAAUUGAAGCACAUCGACGCUGCACCGCAAAUCCUUCCCAGAUACCAAUGGCAGAAGAUUUUCCUGAUUCUAUAAUACCCACUGGCCCAGGGCCAGUUCGCCGCCGAAAGACUUCUUUACGCUCCAAUCCUUUGGGAACCAUUGCCGAUCUUCAUUCUUCAGAAGUACACACGCCGCGAAAUAUCUCUUCCUCCUAUCAUUCUCCUGACUGUAUGUCAGUAAACCCGCAGACCCCUCCACCACAUGCAGCGUUUGAUCCCAGUCGUAUCGCCUUUUAUAACCUCAUGCCUGUACUCCCUGCUCUGGAGUAAUCACCGUAGCAGCGGAAUGCUGUAAAGGUGGAAUAAUCGACUACAGGCAUAUCACGUCCCUAUCGCCUUAUAUCUCCUUCGAUCUCAUCAUUGCAACAAUGCGUAUCAGCAUAUAAUCGAAAUAUCGAACCAGCAUCUUUUCUGCAGUUAAUAACGAAUUUUUCAACAACUCAACAAAUAUUUCUGAUAAUAUAUCGGUCCCGAAUGUAUCCUUGUUACGAAGCCUUAGCGCAUGAUCUUUGCAUCUUUUACUUGCACGAAUUUCUUUCGUCAUUUGGACCACCAGUAAUAUCUGUGUUUGCUCUGCUAUAUCUUCAGUGCAUAUUUCUUUUGCAGCCUCUCAACGUCAAAUGUCAAUGUCUCCCGUUUUAAUUUCCAUGCGCAGUUUUUAGCUUUGAUUUGAUUCGUUUUCUCUGAUUUCCCAUUAUUGCUAGCUUCCUACCAGCCAGUUGCUUAUUGCUCAGCUUUGUCUACUGCUCCAUUCAAGUUAGUUGCAAUUUACGUUGUUGAUGUUUCAGAUGAGUACAUACACAUGUCCAUGCCGAUGAAUAGAAUAAAGUAACUAAUUAAAAAAGCAUGGUUCGUCAAUUUCACUGACGCUUGCUGUCCCAUUUUCAA